GGGUCCCCUAACUGCUGCGAGAGCCGGAGCCGCCCAGGAGCCGCGGGACCUGGGCCGCUGGGGUCCGGACGGGGGUCGCCAUGAUCCGCUUCAUCCUCAUCCAGAACCGGGCGGGCAAGACGCGCCUGGCCAAGUGGUACAUGCAGUUCGAUGACGAUGAGAAACAGAAGUUGAUUGAGGAGGUGCACGCUGUGGUCACUGUCCAAGAUGCCAAACACACCAACUUUGUGAAGUUCCGGAACUUCAAGAUCAUUUACCGACGCUACGCCGGCCUCUACUUCUGCAUCUGCGUGGAUGUCAACGACAACAACCUGGCCUACCUGGAGGCCAUCCACAACUUCGUGGAGGUCUUAAAUGAGUAUUUCCACAACGUCUGUGAACUAGACCUGGUGUUCAAUUUCUACAAGGUUUACACGGUCGUGGACGAGAUGUUCCUGGCCGGCGAGAUCCGAGAGACCAGCCCGACGAAGGUACUGAAGCAGCUGCUGAUGCUCCAGUCCCUGGAGUGAGGGCGGCCAGCCCCUCCGCCCCGGCCUCCUGUUCCCUGCU